AUGGCCGCGCGAUGGGGGUCGUUUCUGACCCAAGCCGUAGCUGGUGUGGAAGCUCGCCUGGAUAAUAUACUCAGCGAGGACAAUGAUGGCUCGGCGCAAACGAAGGAGGCCAAGCCCGCCCCUCCUGCUUCGCCAGUGAAGCAAUCGCCAGGGCCCUCCAGGACCUCCUCGAGCACCCGUGCAAACGAUCGGCUCCAAGAAAGGCUUGCGCGGGCCAUAGCUGCGAAAACGGCCGGUCAAAAGCCCCUUUCUGCGCAAGGAAGCCCGCGCCAAAGUCUAGACGCAGCGAGCCGCACAUCGAUCGAUAGUAUAGGUCCGGCGAGUCCAGCAUUGAAGGAUGCGCCAAGGGAUACUUCUUCGCCGCGGGGCUCCCUGGAUGUUGUCAGAACGUCCCAAGAUAAUGCCGUGAAGGAAGUUGAUACCAAACAAGACUUGAAGAAUGGGACAACAACGGAACAGGGGGUCACAGAUGAUGCCAACGGCGCGAAGGUAUCCCCCGAGGCACCACCGCCAGCCGAAGUGCCUCUCCUGAACACGCCAACCGUGGAAGCGCCCACCCCUGCUCCUGCCCCUGAAACAGAGGAGAUCAUCACCAACAAGCCCGACCAAACAACAGUUGGAGACGAAGAAACGCAGAAGGAUGGCAAUAAUGUGCCGGACGUGGCUCAGACCCAGCAGCAGGAGGAGAUUCAUGGCUACAUAGAGCGCAUCGAUGCUCUUGAAGCCAAACUGCAGUUUCUCGCGAGAGAGGCCACAGACUCAGCCAGGAAGGCCGCCCUUGCUGCACCGGCUGGGAGUCUCGAGAAGAAGUUGGCGGAAAAGGACCAGCAGAUCGCCCAGCUCAUGGAGGAGGGCAAGAAGCUCGCCAGUACUGAGCAAAAGCACCGUACGAUCAUGAAGAAGUUGCAGCUCAAAGUUGGCGAGGGUGAGAAGGAGAUUAACAACCUGAAGAUGGCAAAGGACAAAUCUGACAAGGAGUUGGAUAAUUUGCGCCUGCGCGCUCGCCGAGCAGAUGAGCUGGAAAGAUCACAGGUGGUUCUACAAAAGCAGUAUGAUCAAGCUCAGAAGGAACUCGGCAGCUUGCGACCAGAGAUACGGUCGAAGGAUGCUACCAUCGCGGACCUCAGAAGUCAACUGCAAAAAGCCAAAGAACAAGUAGACGAGCUAUCGACCAAGGCAAACGAACGCCCGAGAGAACAGGAUAAGCGACGUAUCGAUGAUCUGGAAGAGCAGGUGGCUGCUCUCAAGGUCGAAAAGACUCUGGUGGCAGAUCGUGCCAAAGCGCAAGCAAACGACCUUCGAGAGCAGGUGGAAAGGGCGAACGAGCGAGCCCGUGUGCAAGAGUUGGAGCUAAAGGCUGAGGUCCAGAUGAUGGAAGGGAAGCUCGAGGCCAUGAGGAUGCGAGUAGAGGAGGCAUCUUCGGGUGUGGCUGGAGACUCGCAAGCCAAACUACUGCGGCAGAUCGAACAGCUGCAGACACAGUACUCCAUCGCGAGUGAAAACUGGCAGGGAAUUGAGACCAACUUGCUGGCUCGUAUUGCUGGGCUGGAAAAGGAAAGAGACGAGGCUCUUCAAAGAGAAUCGGACAUGAGGCGGAAAGCUCGCGAGGCGGCCGUCCGCGCAAAGCGCCACGAAGAGGAACUGGAAGAGACCAAGACCAAAAUCCCCACGAUCCAACAAGAUGUCAAAUCCUACCAAGCCCAACUUGACGCCCUCACCAGACGUGCUGAAGCGGCUGAAACGGCCCUCUCAGAAGCAAAGUCUGAGCUCGAAAAGCAAAAGCAAGCCUUCGAAGCCGAAAAGGAAAGAAUCCAAACCAGCUUUCACCAACCCAUCGUCGAGCGCCCCCGCUCCUGGCUCGAGGAUCUCCCUGGCACCCCCUUGUUCAAACCAGACAGCCGCCCUGCCUCGCCUCAGCUCUCCGCCGUCCCUCAGCGAACAUUUAGCACCGACUUCUUGGGCAUCCAAACCCUUACCAGCAAGGCGAGGAAGAUUUCUGGCGCGCAGUCCAGCAACAGCGAGGCGGGGGAUGCCAACUCCCGAAUCGGGCUGCCCGUCCCCGGAAUGGGUUCUUUUAGUCGAAGACCCUCGGCCCAACCGCCUGCCCGCCCCACUCUGCCCUCCCAUCCGACGAGCAACAGUGGGAUCUUCAGCCCCACGUCUAUUUUCAGCCCUACGAGUGAGGCUGCCCCGCCUUCGAUAUUGAAUAACCACCGGGAGAUCCAGCAAGGGGAAGACGCCUUCAGUGGGAGUGGCGGGAGGGAUAACGAUAAAAACAACAUCAUGCAGGAUAUGGUCUCCGUCUCCACUGUUGCUGCCGGGCCGUCGGUUCAGUUGGUGGAGAGGAUGAGCGCCGCGAUUAGGAGGCUGGAGUCGGAGAAGGUGGCGGCGAAGGAGGAGUUGUCGAGGAUUUCGAAGCAGAGGGAUGAGGCGAGGGCGGAGAUUGUGGCUAUGAUGAAGAAGGUGGAGGAAAACAGUGCUGCGGUGAAGAGGGUGGAGGUGUUGGAGGGGGAGGUGAGGGAGGUGAAGGAGCGGUAUGAGACAACGCUGGAGCUGCUGGGGGAGAAGAGCGAGGAGGUGGAGGAGUUGAGAGCUGAUGUGGAGGAUGUUAAGGCUAUGUAUAGGGAGCUGGUGGAGAGGACUAUUAAGUAG